AAUGCCACCGGCUCCACAGCCAACAAUACACCCACCUCUAUGGUGUUGUGUUGUGAAUGUGGUGUUCCCAUACAACCAAAUCCAUCAAAUAUGUGCGUCACUUGCCUUCGAAAUCAUGUUGACAUCACGGAAGGCAUACCCAAGCAGGCUGUUCUGCAUUUCUGUCGCAACUGUGAGCGAUAUUUGCAACCACCGGGAGAAUGGAUACAAGCUGCCUUGGAAUCACGUGAGCUAUUGGCAUUGUGUUUGAAAAAACUCAAGGGCCUGAAGGAGGUUAAACUUGUUGAUGCUGGUUUUGUUUGGACCGAGGCGCAUUCGAAACGUAUCAAGGUAAAAUUAACCGUACACGGUGAAGUAUCCGGGGGAACAGUACUGCAACAAGUGUUCAUUGUCGAAUUCACGGUACAAAAUCAAAUGUGCGAUGAUUGUCAUCGUACGGAAGCUAAAGAUUUUUGGCGUUGUAUGGUGCAGGUACGCCAAAGAGCUGAGAACAAGAAGACAUUCUUCCGCCAUCAAUUAGGUAAUCUAUCACCGAUUUGUUUGAUCAAUAAAGUCACCAGUGGCAUACAUUUGAUUGAUCCAAUGACUGCACAAAUUGCUGAAGUAUCUGGCCAGGCUUAUUUCCGUUCUCCCUUUGAGGCGAUUUGUAACCCCAAACAACUUGUGGAAUAUAUUGUAAUGGAUGUGGAAAUCAUCAUGGACAAGGACCGUAAAUAUUAUCCCGGUCAGGGCCAGUUGUCUUUCCGGCAUGUUUUGUGUGAUAUAUGGGUUGUAAGGGCCUCCGAACUGGGUAUUAACGACAAUCCCAUACACACACGUAGUCAUUUGGGUCAUUUACUGAAAGUUGGUGAUUCGGUUAUGGGUUAUAAUUUGGGUGAGGCAAAUAUCAACGAUACGGAAUAUGAUAAACUGAAUGCGGAGCAAAUACCCGAUGUGGUGUUGGUUAAGAAAUGCUACACAGAUCGUAAUACACGUAGCAAUCAACGUUUGUGGAAGUUACGCCAUUUGGCUGAAGAGGCCACCGAUGAACGUAGUAAACCGGAUUAUCAUGAAUUCUUGGAAGAUUUGGAAGAGGAUCCGGAUUAUCGUAAACAAGUGAAUAUUUAUCGUGAUGCCAAGAAACAAAUGCCCGUGGAUGGUGGCGAUACGUUGGGUUUUAAGGAUAAUGUACCGCGUAUUACAUUGGCUGAAAUGUUGGAAGAUUUAACGCUGGAAUGUGCCGAUGAUGAUAUGGGCGAAAGUGAAGAUGUUGCAGGGGAACCGCAAUUAUAAGACGG